AUCAAAAAACGUAUGAUGAGGCAAGAAGUUGUAUUUUGGGAUCCCCGUGGCUUCAAGAAGAGAAUCUCAAUGGAGGCCCAGGAGCUGAAGCGCGUGUUCCAGAUGUUCGACCGCAACGGCGACGGGAGAAUAACGAAGAAGGAGCUGAACGACUCGCUGGAGAACCUGGGCAUCUUCAUCUCUGACAAGGACCUGAGCCAAAUGAUCCAGAGGAUCGACGUCAACGGCGACGGUUGCGUGGACAUGGACGAGUUUGGGGAGCUGUAUCAGACCAUAAUGGACGAGCGCGACAAUGAGGAGGACAUGAGGGAGGCCUUCAACGUCUUCGACCAGAACGCCGACGGCUUCAUCACCGUCGACGAGUUGAGGACCGUCUUGUCCUCCCUCGGCUUGAAGCAAGGAAGAACCGUCCAAGACUGCAAGGCCAUGAUCUCCAAGGUCGAUGUUGAUGGAGAUGGCAUGGUCGAUUACAAGGAGUUCAAGCAAAUGAUGAAAGGGGGUGGAUUCACUGCUCUCACUUAAUUUCUUUCAAUCAUCUAUUCCCCAUAUAUCUUUCUUGUACAUAUAACUUACUUUCAAUCAGGAUCACCAGGAUUAUUGUGAUUGUCAUGGUUUCGGACCAUGGAUGGUGUGGUAUAGGAUUAGAUCAAUUCAUCUCAUCUCGUCCUAGGUAUGUGUACGUGUGUGUGUGCUUGUGUUUUCCAAUGUGUUAGUCGUUGGUUUUUGGGAGUUAGCAAACCUGGCUCGAUAAGUGAGAUGAGCGCCUCUUGCCCUGGUAAUGCUACAACUUUAUUAUGUCUUUGGUUUUUUGGGGGAGGAAGACCCUUGAAAUCGGGAGACUACUGCUACUGUCACAAGAUCUGUUUGUGUUUUCUUCUUGUUCAAGUUUUGAGUCGAGAAAGGUUGAUUCUAUUUUCACUCUGUUGGAUGAUUUUGUACUCCCUUUCUUUUCUUUUCUUUUUUAUUUUAUUUUA